AUGAGCCACGAUCAAGACAAGGAUGGAAAGGAACACACUGAAGGCGCUGGCGCCGACUUGAAAAACCCUCCUCUCACCUCCUCUGGUUCUGAGGUGGUGGUCGUUGGAUGCCGCAAAUCGGAACUAGCUCUCAUCCAGGCCCGUUACAUCGUAUCGAAGCUUGAGAAAGCCCUCGCACGGCCCCCUCCAUUCGAAAUCGCCACUCGCAGCGUCGUGGGCGAUGCGGACAAGCAGACCCCGUUCAUGCAGCUCUCCCAGCAGACGGGCGGGUCCGACGUCGGCAAGAGCCUGUGGACGAACGGCCUGGAGGAGGAUCUGUUGUCUGGCAAGGCCCAUCUCCUCGUCCACAGUCUCAAGGACAUGCCGACAACACUGCCGCCUAACUGUCUGCUUGGGGCUAUUCCCGAGCGCGAAGAACCAACUGAUGCAGUGAUUAUGAGAACAGACUCCAAGUAUAAAACCAUCGACCAGUUGCCGCCUGGCUCUGUGGUUGGGUCGAGCUCGUCAAGAAGGAGAGCGCUGAUUCGGCACAAUUGGCCUCAUUUGGAGGUCGCGGAGUGCCGUGGAAAUGUAGACACCCGCCUUGCUAAGCUUGAUGCGGUCGACUCCAAAUUCUCUUGCAUUCUACUAGCAACCGCAGGAUUGGUACGAAUGGGCCUUGGGCACCGAAUCACACACAGGCUUGAUCCCAAAGUUUUCCCGUACGCUGUCGGCCAAGGCGCGCUUGGUGUCGAAAUCAAGACGGACUGUCAAGAUACACUCCAGCUCGUUCAAGCGGCGGAUCAUAAGAAGUCACGAUGGCUUGCCAUGGCCGAAAGGGCGAUGCUGCGAACUCUGCAGGGAGGCUGCUCGUCUCCAAUAGGCGUUCAUUCAACGUUUGAAACUUCUGAGGGGGAUGGGAAACUAGACGUGCAGGAUUAUGGAAGCCAAGAGGGUGGCGAACUUCGACUGUCUGGCACAGUUCUCGAUGUGGAGGGUACAACGGGGGUUACUGCUGAGUUCUCGGCGCUCGUUCGCAGCGACGAGGAGGCAGAGGACGUGGGCAUUAAGCUUGCUGGCAUACUUCGUGAGAAAGGGGCGUCCAAUUUAUUGGCUAAAGAGACUUCGUCAUAG